UACCUUGUAGGUAGACGACCAACCUUUUGUCCUCACUUGAAUUUUCAGAAUAUAAACACCCAGAAUACAAUCUAGGAAAGCAUAUUUGUUUCAUGAAGAAUCAUGAUAAUGAAGUAUCAGCGGAAAAUUCUAUUGCAGGCUCUUGUACUAAACUUGAUUUUUUUCAGUUUUACUUCUUUAGGCCUGGAAUUUGGCAAACACAAGCACAAAAUCCAUGGACCCAUCAAAACAAUUGUGGUGUUGGUCAUGGAAAACAGGUCAUUUGAUCACAUGUUAGGAUGGCUGAAGGCCAUGAACAAUGAAAUAGAUGGCGUUACUGGCAAUGAAUACAAUCCUGUGUCAAUCAAGGACGAAAAUUCUCCAAAAGUAUAUUUUUCCAAUGAUGCAGAAUUUGUGGACCCUGAUCCAGGCCAUUCUUUUCAGGCCAUAAGGGAACAGAUUUUUGGGUCUGAGAACACCUCAGCAAAUCCAGCACCUAUGAAUGGAUUUGCCCAACAAGCAGAGAACACGAGCCUGGGCAUGUCAAAGCAGGUUAUGAGCGGUUUUAGGCCUGAUGUUCUUCCUGUUUACAAAACACUCGCUUCUGAAUUUGCAGUUUUUGAUAGGUGGUUUUCCGCUGUACCCACCUCAACACAACCCAAUAGAUUCUAUGUCCAUUCUGCAACUUCUCAUGGCGCCUCUAGCAAUGUUAAGAGAGACCUAGUUAGGGGCUUCCCUCAAAAGACCAUUUUUGAUUCAUUAGAUGAAUCAGGGCUAUCCUUUGGGAUUUAUUACCAGAACAUCCCUGCGACUCUUUUUUUCAACCAACUUAGAAGGCUUAAGAAUGCUGUUAAGUUUCAUGAAUUUGACUUGUCCUUCAAGUUGCAUGCCAAAUUGGGUGUCCUUCCUAAUUAUGUGGUGAUUGAGCAGAGAUAUUUUAAUGUGAAUAUUUUCCCUGCCAAUGAUGAUCACCCUUCCCAUGAUGUAACAGUGGGGCAGAAGUUUGUAAAGGAGGUGUAUGAAACCCUUAGGGCUAGUCCUCAGUGGGAUGAAAUGAUGUUUUUGAUUACCUAUGAUGAACACGGGGGAUUUUAUGACCAUGUUCCUACUCCUGUCUCCAAUGUGCCCAAUCCUGAUGGCGUAAAUGGGCCUGAACCAUUCUACUUUGAAUUUGAUAGGCUUGGAGUUAGAGUACCCACACUUCUGAUAUCUCCUUGGAUUGAAAAGGGCACAGUAAUCCAUGAGCCAGAUGGCCCUACUCCAGAUUCACAUUUUGAGCAUUCAUCUUUGCCUGCAACAGUGAAGAAGCUUUUCAAUCUUAAAUCAGAUUUUUUAACAAAAAGAGAUGCUUGGGCUGGCAGUUUUGAAAGCUAUUUUUAUAUUAGAGAUACUCCACGGACAGAUUGCCCAGAAACACUUCCUGAACCAGUAAAGUCAUCAAGGCCUGUUCCAAUAGAUGAAGAUAAGAAGAUUACAGAGUUCCAGGAGGAGCUUGUUAUACUCGCUUCACAGUUGAAUGGGGAUUGUUUACUCAAAAGCUACACUGAUAUUGGCAAAACAAUGACAGUGAAACAAGCAAAUAGUUAUGUACGGGAUGCAGUUGCUCGUUUUCUGGAAGCUGGAAGGAUGGCCUUGAAGACUGGGGCCAAUGAUUCAGCCAUUAUUCAAAUGAGACCUUCCUUAACAAGCAGGAAAGUGGGAUCAGUUGCCUCUAAGCUGUCUCAAUCUUCUUGACUCAAACCCAAAUUAUGAUUUGAGUCAUUGAAGAUUUAGAAGAGUAUUUUCUUUGGUUUAUUGUGUUACUAAGAUGCAAUAAACGAUCUGAAAUACCCAGUGCCUAAUUUGUAAUUAUCAAAUACUGCUACUUUGGCUAUAGUUAUCCCUGAAAUAGUGUACAUAUAUUUCUGUUUGUAAUAUUUAUCUUACAUCAACGCUACACUUAUUCAAUGAAAUUAGGCAUUAAAUUUGAACGAUUUAA